CUGCGCAGCAACCUGGGGACUGUCCACGUUUACAGCCGCUAGACGCCUCUUCCCUGCCCCACAUCUGCAACCUCUGCGUAAAGAGCGCAGACGGCCAUAGACCCUAAAUUAAUUUGUUUUAUUAUUAUCGCUCCAUUGUUUUGAAUCCCUCUAAAUUAUCUGACUUGAUUCUGUAAAGAUGUUUGCCCGCUGCCUUGUCUUUUUCCUCCUCGCUCCCUGGUCUUCCGUGGACUGUAAUCCCAGUCCUGUGUUAGGAGAUGUAGUCGUGGACAGAUACUUCAUUCCCAAAAUGUGUACCAGAGAAGCGAAGGACGGAGACUAUGUUCGUUAUCACUAUAAUGCCACGUUUGUCGACGGGAAAACCUUUGAUUCGAGCCAUCAGAGAGGAGUCGCCAAGGUCGGCCUGAUAGGUGAGGGUCGCCUCAUCGCUGGCAUCGAUAAAGGUCUGCAGGGCAUGUGUGUGAAUGAGCGCAGGACAAUCACCGUCCCGCCUCACCUGGCCUAUGGAAGCACCGGUGCAGGUGACGUGGUUCCUCCUGAUGCCACCCUGGUGUUUGACAUCCAUCUGCUGGAUCUGUGGAACAAAGCCGACCUGGUCGUCACCACGACCAUCAGCACUCCCAGGGACUGCAAACGCUCUGUGAUGCGCACUGACUUUGUGCGUUACCAUUUCAAUGGCACCCUGCUCGACGGCACUGUCUUUGAUUCCAGCUACAUCAGGAAGCAGACCCACGACUCCUUAGUGGGCGAGGGUUGGCUGAUUAAGGGCAUGGAUGAGGGCCUGCUGGGCAUGUGUGUGGGAGAGAUCAGAAAUAUCGUCAUCCCGCCCUUUAAGGCCUACGGAGAGAAGGGAUCAGGUACAGAGAUUCCCUCCCAGGCAACUCUGGUGUUUGACGUCCUGUUGGUGGACAUUCAUAACCCAAAGGAUAACAUCACCAUCGAGAACCAGGUGGUGCCCGAGUCGUGCACUCGCAGGUCUGUCGUCGGAGACUACAUUCGGUACCACUACAAUGGUACCUUCCUGAACGGAGUCACCUUUGACACCAGCUACCAGAGAAACAGCACAUACAACACCUACAUCGGGAUGGGGUAUGUGAUUGCAGGCAUGGACAAGGCCCUGCUGGAAGUCUGCGUUGGGGAGAGGAGGAGGGUCACCAUACCCCCACACCUGGCGUAUGGAGAGCAAGGAGCAGGUGAUGUCAUCCCUCCUUCAGCUGUGCUCGUCUUUGACAUUCACGUCAUCGACUUCCACAACCCCAACGACACGGUGGACAUCCAGAUCACCUUUAGACCCGAAGUGUGUAACGACACCACCGCGGUGAACGACCUCGUCCGCUAUCACUACAACUGCACCCUGCUGGACGGCACGCUGCUCUUUUCCUCACAUGACUACGAGAGCUUCCAGGACGCAGUGCUGGGGUCAGACAAAGUGAUUGACGGGUUGGAUGAGGGUUUGCGUGGCAUGUGUGUGGGAGAGAAGAGGGUGAUAACAGUCCCCCCUCACCUGGGCCACGGAGAAAAAGGAGCCACUGGUGUGCCGAGCAGCGCCGUGUUAGUUUUUGACAUUGAACUGGUGAGCUUUGAGAAGGGAGUGCCCCCUGGUUACCUGUUCGUGUGGCUCGGGGACAGUCCUGCAAACCUGUUUGAGGCCCUGGACAUCAACAAGAACGAAGAGGUUCCACAGGAGGAGUUUGGAGAAUUCAUCAAGCUGCAGGUGGCAGAGGGCAAAGGUCGUAUAAAGCCUGGACUGACCAUGGAGCAGAUUGUUGCAGACAUGUUCCAAAAUCAGGACCGAAAUAAAGACGGCGUGAUCACAGCCAGUGAGCUCAAACUGAAGGUAGAAGAGGACAAGGAAAGGGAACAGGCGAGACACGAGGAGCUGUGAUGAGGACAAAUGUUUUGAUUCCCUCUCAGGGAUACAACCCCAACACCUUAAAAACAAGCAAUGAGAGACUUUUCCUAUACAGCAUCAAAGUUUUAAUAUAGGACCGUUUUUUUUUUUGAGAUGACAAGAAAAUAGUGCAAAAGAUCUUUCUGUGGAGUUUUGUGUUGUAUGAGUGUGUGUGUUUGAUAGUUGUAUUUCAUAAAACCAAACAAGCACCUUUAUUUGUCCCUGAAAGCCACAUUAAUUAAAAUGUUUGUAAGAAAAAAACAUGGUUGAAGUUUUUGUACGACUUGUAUCGCUGCAUAGAAAAUCUGAAAUAACUGCAUCUGAAUUUACAAGAAGAAAGGUGCCCAAGUUUUGUUUUUAAGCUACACAUUAAAAUUCACUAUCUCACACUUUUUUGGUGCAAUGUGCAAGAUUUCUCGAUGUCCACUUUUUUUUAUAGGACUUGGGGAAUGCUAGUGCAUAACACUGAAUUAUCAGCAGUUAGAGUUGUACUGUGAGUUUUAAAAAACUAUGCCACAUACUGGUGGUUAAGAGAUUACAGCCAACACUGAGAAUCUGAAAUAACCUCAAAUAAAUAAACCUUUGGUGCUAAUUGAUGAUAUCUUAUAAAAAUGUUAAAUUGGUUUUGGUUAGGAUAUUUCUGUCACCGGUAUGUGGCAUAUUCAUAACUGAACUGAACUUCUGCAUCCUGCACCAAAAAGUCUGGUAUACUCUGACUUGAACAUGCAGCUUAAAAAAAAAAAACACCAGGAAAAAGCAAUGUUCUUUGUGUCCUAUCAGUCUGUAAUUUAAGGUCAAAUUAG